AAGAAAAAAUAAAAACAACCGCAUCUCCAGAAAGAAGUGAAACAUUAGCCAGCGAGCGAACGGUCGAUGAUGGUAAAUUGAACGUGGGUAAUUUUUCGCCAAUUUGUACCGUUUUAUCAGUGGUAUACAUACCGUUAUCAGUGUGUGCCUCCUUUCCAUUGGGACGGUUUUGUUUGUGUAAAUUCUAAGUGUAAUACUCGCCUAGUUGGAUUCUACAAGGUUGAAAAUAGUGAGCGCAUUUGUGUUCUUCGGCUGUAGCCGAGCGCUGUGAAAGUGUUUAUUUAUCGUCAAGUGUUUUCCGGGGCCGGAUUUUUUUUAUCGUGCCGAUAUUUGUAUUAAUUUCGGGUGGUUUAGUUAGUGAAGCACAUUUCAUAAAGUUAUAACAAAAUAGGUGCAGUGUAGUUCGAAGUAGCAGAAAUGGCCGAUGACUACUAUCUGCAGAAUAAUGUGUCCAACAGUGACGACUCGGAGUCGGAACUCAAUCUGAGCACACCCGAACUGAAAGGCUAUCUCAGUAAAUGGACUAACUACAUUCACGGGUGGCAACCGCGGUUCAUCGUCCUCAAGGAUGGCACUUUGUCGUAUUACAAAAGUGAGCAGGACAGUGAUUUUGGAUGCCGAGGUGCAAUUAGCCUGCAGAAAGCUACAAUCAAGUCACACGAGUUCGACGAAUGUCGUUUCGAUGUCUCUAUCGGACAGAAUGUGUGGUAUUUACGGGCAGAAACCCCCGAGGAUAAGCGAAACUGGAUUGAGGUGCUGCAAUCCUACAAAACAGACUACCCAGAAGCACUCAGUCUCCGUCGGCAUGGGAGCACAAUCUCGCUGCAAUCUAACACUCUGUCGACUGCCAGUGGAAGUAGUCUCAAGCGUGUUAGCUGGGGAUUGCGCGAAAAAAUGCAUGAAAUCGAGACAUAUAGGGACAUACUGUACGGACAGGUGGAUACGCUGCAACGAUAUUUUGACGCACUCAAUCAGAAAAGUGAAAGCAAAGACGCGCAGGACUUGGGUAACGGGCUGCGGCCAGUCGAUUUCAAAGGUGAAGCAAUAACAUUCCGUGAAACCACUGCUGGCGUUAUCAAUACGUUACAGCAUUGCCUGGAUAUUAUCUCACAGAAGGAGGAAAACUUCAAGAAAAAACUCGAUAAAGAGGUGGAAAGACGUAGGAAGGCCGAGGAAAACUACAGGCAAUGCAAGGAUGAGCUAGCCAAAUCCCGAAAUUCCUCAGUUCCCGGUCCAGAUUUGGAGGAAGGGCCUCACUCCACUAUACCGGAGGAUGAAUUCUUCGAUGCGGUCGAGACCGGCCUGGAUAAAAUAGAGGAAGACCGACAGCUACGCGUACGGCUCAAAUUUCAAUCCCAGCAGUCGCAAAUUAGUACGGUCAGCUCCGUUUACAGCACCAAUCUAGAAACUGACGAUGAUAAGCAACAAUCAGAGGACUUUGGAACCGGUGCACAAGCUCGCAGUCACAAACUGUGGCCGGAAAUUGACAAAAUCUGCACUGAGCAGUUGCACCAGGCACGGCAGGGUGUCGGGGACGGUGGCAACGGAUGGCAGUUAUUUGCCGACGAGGGUGAAAUGAAAAUGUACCGGCGAGAAGAGGAAGUCGACGGAAUGGUUAUCGAUCCGCUGAAAUCCUGUCACGUGGUGCAAGGAGUAACGGCACGGGAAAUGUGUCAUUACUUUUUCGAGCCAGCGUAUCGAAACGAUUGGGAAACUACUCUCGAAGAUGUACAGAUAGUGGACAAUGUAGCCCCGGACACGAUGGUCUUCCUACAAACAUACAAGCGUAUUUGGCCCGCCAGUCAACGUGAUGCGCUGUUUUGGUCUCACAUGCGGAAAAUCACUGACAACGUGGACCAGGGAGCGCACGACACCUGGGUUGUGUGUAAUCACUCCAAUCAGAAUGAAGAAUAUCCGCCCGCCAACCAAGGUAAAUGUGUCCGCAUCUAUCUGACGGUGAUAAUGGUAUGUCAAACCUAUCUGACUCCUGGGAAAGACAGCAAAACUGCUACCAGAGAUGAUCUAACCUGUAGGAUCACGUACUGUUCCACUGUCAACCCCGGUGGUUGGGCUCCGGCGACCGUCCUCCGUGCUAUCUACAAGAAAGAGUAUCCAAAGUUCCUUAAACGCUUCACAGGAUAUGUCGUUGAUCAGCGUAAAAAUAAGCCAAUUAUGUACUAGCGGGUGUGGUUAGGCGGUUUAUGAUAAGGUAGAGUCGUGCGUGUAUGUGAGAGGAAAGCUACAGAGAAAUGUUGCGUAACUUUUUUUUAGUUAAAGAAUUGUUAGGUUUGGUGGAAACAGAGUGUGAAAAAUCGUAUCGAAUGGAGAGUUGGUAGGAUCUUACUGAUAGGCUGUUAUAUCAAGAGUAAAAAAAGUACUAAGCCGCGAUCCACUAUGUUCGCAUGUUUCACGCACACAGGUUGAACGUGUGAAAGCUGAGUGGCUUGUUCAAAUCUAUCAUUGCUUCUUAAACAGACAAAUAAAAUAACUGUUUUUGCUAUUUUGAA